AUGCAUAAUUUAAAUAUUCCAAAGCCAACUAUUCUUGUCUGGACUGAUCUGUCUCAAGAUCAAGUAGCAAAAUUAGAAGAAUUAAAUGAUCCAGAAACUAUCAAUAAUUUUUUUAUAAAAGUUUUCAAUCUUGAACCAAAUACUAAACGUACAACGAUUCUGUGCGAUUUAUAUUAUUAUGCGUUAAAUUUUGCUCGUACAAAUAAAUUUAAUCAUGAACAAAUUUCAACAUUUAUAAGUAUUCUUAAACGAGUUCAUGAAAUGUGUAUUCAAACACCAUUUACAAAUAUGGAUGAAACGUAUAAAUCUUUCAAAGCACUUAUUUUAAAACAUUCCUUAUCUAGACCACCCUAUAAUUUACGUAUAUUUACUGCUGAUACAACUAAAAAAGUAACUGAUUAUAUUGUCGAUACGUAUUUUCGUCAUUAUAAAAUGUAUAAAUAUAUUUUUACUGCAACGAUUGAUUUCAAUUUGAAAUUUACUUUUGAUGGAAUGACUCGUGAUUCAUUGAAGAAACUAGAAGAACAUGGAAUAACAAUAACAACAGAUGAUACCAAUACAGUUAAAGAUCAUGAAGAAACACAAAGUCAAAACGACGAAAAACAUGUGGAGAAUUCUGAAUUACUCGAAGUUCGUAAACUAAUUCAAGCGAUGGUAAAAGAAGAAAUUCAAAAAAUACAAAGUACUACCACUGAUGACGCUAACGGAUUGCGUCCACCAACAGACAAACGCCAACCAGUUAAAUCAAGUAGUACAAAAACUUCUAAAUCACAAGCACCAAAAUAA